AUGAAAAUCAUAGUGUCCUUACAACACGCUCAAUCCAAAAUCCGUUUUACUUUAGGCGGUUCAAGUGGGACAUCACCAAAUAACCAGACGCUACUUGGUAUUAUUGCUAACUUUACCGACGAAGAUAGGGUGCUACGGGAGUCAGUUUACAGACUAAAGGGUAUUAAGGUAUCAAAUAUGGAUCAGAAUAUGGCACACAUUAUUGGUACUAUUAUCGAGGAUUACAGUAUCAAAUCACAGUUCGGAUAUGGUAUGAUGGACUAUGCAUCCAACAAUGAUACACCGUUUCAACAUCUUCGUUCGUUCCUACAAGAAGCCAGAAUGCAACUGAACCAUGAACAGUGCCGACUCCGUUAUAAAGGACACAUAAUUAACUUUAGUGUCAACGAUUUUCUAUUUGGCUCUGGUAGCGAUAUGGUGGAGGAUGGGAUAUUUACUAAAAGACCGCUGAAGGCAUUGAUAACUGUCGUAAGGAAAGGCCAUUAG